GUCUACACUUGUCUCUCGGGUGUUAUCUCAAGCAGAUAAAAUACCCAUUAUUCAUCAUGCCAGUUCCUGGUUACCUACUGCCGAGAAAAAGGAAGAAAUGAUAAACUAUGACUAUCAUACGCCUAGGUAUUCAAUGGCACCACCUUCUUAUGAAAAUGUAGUCAAAGAAAAGCUCGAAAAUAAGCGAUUUGGUAAUACUCUGUCAACUAUUUGGAAGCGCGCUUCAUUUUCAUCUUCCAGCAGUGCUCAACAAGAUGAGAAAAUGAUACCUACAGGAUUAAUUGAUAAGAAACAGAUUGAGCAUGCUGCUACAUUGAUCAAUGUGGCUACUGAUAUGAACAAUUCUGGCAAUCAGCAAAUGGCCAUUGAUCUCUAUAUGAUGGGAUUAGAUAAACUGGUGGCUGCUUUGCCUUUGGAAUCAGAUCCUAUUGUAAAGACUUCGCUUGAAAGAAAACUAGUUGAAUUAAACAAACGUCAUCAACUCAGUCCUGUCUCUGUUGAUGAUGAUGAAGAAGAAGAAGAAGAAAAGGAAGAAGAAGGCAAGUCUGUUCGAACUCAGAUUUCCAAUUUAGUCAUCAAUGCUACUGUUUUGAGUGCUGUUGCCCUGAAAAAGAGUCCCAUUCCUGAUGUCAUGUCACAUAUCAUGAAUUAUGCUGUUGACGGUAUUCAAUGCAUGGAUGAAAAGCACCAAAUUCGUAAGCGUACCUGGGACUUUGCUGCAUCAGGGUUUGCAAAGGCUGUUGAGAUAGAUCGCCAAUAUGAAAUACAUCAAAUGGUCACCGGUGUAGUUUAUACAGGUCUUGCUGCUUUUGUUAAAGCUGGCAUCGCUUAUGCUGAAACGCCUGGUCCUAAAGAUAAAGAAUUUUAGAUCCGCAACCAACAAUAAAGGUUCUUGUUAUGAGUCACGUGCCUAAAAUCAAGAUUUUUUUUUGAACUCAUGUGAAGACAGAUAAUGCUACGUAAAGAAAAAA